CCACCCCAGGGCUUUUUCCGUCGGACCAUCCAGAAGAACCUGCACCCCACCUACUCCUGCAAGUACGAUGGGUGCUGCGUCAUCGACAAGAUCACCCGCAACCAGUGCCAGCUGUGCCGCUUCAAGAAGUGCAUCUCUGUGGGCAUGGCCAUGGACUUGGUGCUGGACGACUCGAAGCGCGUAGCCAAGAGGAAGCUGAUCGAGGAGAACCGGGAGCGGCGGCGCAAGGAGGAGAUGAUCAAAUCGCUGCAGCACCGGCCCAGCCCCAGCGCAGAGGAGUGGGAGCUGAUCCACGUGGUGACCGAGGCGCACCGCAGCACCAACGCGCAGGGCAGCCACUGGAAGCAGAAGAGGAAAUUCCUGGUGAGGGCAACGAGGGGCCCCGCACCUGCCUGGGUACUGCAAGCUGAGCACUGGUGCGCUCCUUGUGCACACACUGCUGUGCUCCUUGUGCACGCACUGCUGUGCUCCUUGUGCACACACUGCUGUGCUCCUUG